AUGUAUUCAUUUGGAGCUUUUUUUGUUAGUGGUUUUUUUGUACAUGCAUUAGUUAUUGCAAUUGUUAGAUAUAUUGCUAUAAAAUAUCCUACAAAAUAUCGUAAAAUAUUUACAAAAAAAUGUGUUAUAUUAAUAAUUUUGGGAAUGUUUUUAUAUGGAUUAAUUAUUGGCACUGGAACAUUAUUUUUUAAAUCACGUUACGUUUAUAAUAAUAAAUCAGAUGUUAUUGCAGCAAUUUAUUAUGAUAAAAAUGUUACAUAUUAUACAUUUUCAUAUAGUAUUAUUAUAUAUAAUUUAACAAUUAUUUUUUCAUUGCUUUUUAAUGUUGCUAAUUGGAUAUUAAUUUAUAAAAAACGUAAUGAAAGAAAAAAAAAUAAAAGUAUGAAUAUAAUUUAUGCACUUUAUAGUUGUUUUACAUUUAUAACUACAGUUUUUCAUGAAUUUUAUUUUGUUCUUAGAAUUAUUGGAACAUAUCUUGAAAAUGAAAAUUUGAAAGUUAUGUCAAAUAUUAUUAUAUCAUAUACAGGUGAAAUUGGGACAUAUGGAGAUUUUUAUUUUGUAUUAAUAAUUAGUAAAAAGUUAAGAAAUGCAAUAAUAGCUUCAAUAAGAAACUUUUUUGGAUAUCCAAUAAUUGAAAAUACUAAUAAGACUUUACCUCAUACAACAAAAUGUAUAAGAUUUUAA